AUGAAACUGAAAAUAAUAUGUUUGUUUUUUGCUUAUUUAAAAUCUAGUAAAAACAUUUAUGACAAUUUAUUGGACAUUGUUAAACAGAAAAUUGAAACUAAAGACUAUUAUUUAAUUGAUUCAGAGAAAAAAUACUACUAUUUUGAUACCUGUAUUACCCUUAAGGAAAUUGUUUUUUGGGAAUGUAAACUAAAUGCAUUUGAUUUUCGCUAUGCUUUUCCCGUGUUUGAUAGGGUUAAGUAUAAUACAGCAGAUGAAGCAAUUCAAGCGAUUUGUGAUUAUCAUCUUUCAAAAAAUUUUAAUAUUCCAAAGAAAUUUCCGACUUUAUGUAAGAUGAGGUUUUUAGAAUUUGAGCAUGAUAUUCAGUCUAAGCUUGAGAAUUUUUUUUAUAAUGGGGUUGAACCCGAUUUUUUUGCUAGAUUAUAUGAUAGUAACAAACAAAAACAAAUAAGAGAGCUUUGUUUAUUUUUUUCUCGAAAUAGAAUGAUAGAUCUUGACUUUUGCUUUUUUUCAGAAGAAAAUCUUUCUGAAGACACUAUCCAAUGCUUUGAAGAAGAAAACAAGAUGAAAAUUUUUUUUCCUGUAAAAGUAAAAAAUUUAGUGCUUUUUUUUAAAAUUGACGUUAAAGAUUUGUACACUGUAGAAGAACAAUAUACAAGUGAGUUAAUAAAGUUACAUAAAAAUAACAGUAAUAAUAAUAUUUGUACAGAGAUAUGCGCUUUAAUUACUAGAAUUUUUACAUUUUCUGAUUUUUUGUCAUAUUUUAAAUUAUUAAAUGAUGUAAACGAUAAUCCUAGGAAAAGAAAAUUUGGAAGAGAGUCAUCAUGUAAUAUUAAGAAGGAAAUUUUUAAUGUUAGAUUUUUAGAAAAAGCUAUAUCUUUUGAAAAUUUAAGUACAUUGUUUUGUUAUUCUUAUGAUAAUCACUUAGAGAUUGAGGAAAAUUGUCAGCGCAUUUCUGAAGAAUAUCAAGAUUGCAUUGAAAUUUUUAAAUUAUCUACGAAAGCUAAGGCCUUUGAUUUUGCGCAAUACAAAAUUAUUUUUAACAAAUGUAAAAGUGAAAAUCUGCUAAAUCACCUGUUAUAUAAAAUCUGUGAAAGCCCAGGUUCUGGUUCUUAUCUUAUAUUAAUGCAAAUUUUAGGCCAUUAUAAGAUUUUAAACGUGAAUGAAAUUAAUUUUUUUACGCGAAAUAUAUAUGAGAAUAGUAGAAAGCAAAUAAUUAUUUUUCUGCGACUUUUUUUUACUAAAGAAAAACUUUCUAAGAUUCAUUUUAUGAUGACAUCGGAGAGUGAAGAAGCUAAUAAUUUGUUAUAUACUCUUAUUUACAAAGAAGCUGAGGAGUAUUUUAGUAUUUAUGAAAAGAGUGAUAUUUUUAAUAUUGAGUUUUUUAAUGAUAUACGAAAGUUUUCUAAUUUAUAUUUAUGUCUGAAUGAAAUAACGUUAUAUGAUUUUUAUAGCAUCUUAAUUGGGAACUCACGAUCUAUAAUUACAUCGGGUGUGAAAACAUUGUCACAAUUAUUUGAAAGUAUAGCAUUACUAACCAAUUUAGACGUUAGAUACAGCAUAGGAGAAGAGCGUGUUUAUUUUAAUAAAUUAAAAGCUAAGAAGAUGUUUCAAAUAUUAAAUAUUGACGAACCCGAGAAUUUAGAAAAUUACGUUGAAAGUUUAAUUAAAUGA